AUGAUCAAAGACACCGAAGAGUUUAGAGUACCAGCCCCUGAUUGGGCUCGUAGGAUAGGUCACCAGGACUUGUGCGAGCUUGAUCCAGAUGAUCUUCCUGAACCGAGUGAACCCGAUGUCGAGCGGCCCGAUCCCGGCGAGACACCUGGGGAACCAGAAGAUGUUUUGGUUCCUGAGCCUGAAGAAGAAGUAUCUGCUCCGACUAGAAAACCUUCCAUGAACGUUGAGGUAGACGGCACCGAUGUUCCGGUUCCUGAGGAUGAUGAAUUGUUUGGGGAUACCCUUUUCUUUCAGGAGGUUGGUCAGGGGCGGUGUUGGGAAAUAGAUGUGACACCUGCCUGUGAGAUCGAAAGUGCUGGUGGAACACCAGAUGCCCUGAUUUUGGCCGCUGUUUCUGAACGAAAGAAGAGAACUGAGAUAAAGUUGAAGGAGUUGUCCCAGGAAGAUCAGAAACGGUUUGCAGUGGCCAAGCAUAAGGAACUUGGCGCCUGGUUGCAGCACAAGACAAUUCGAAGAGUAUCCCAGGGCAAGAUCCCCGACAAUGCCAUCAUGCGUUGCCGAUGGCUGUAUGUUUGGAAGACAGCAUCCGAAGACGAAUUACCUACGGAUCUGUCGUCUGAAGGAAAGAAAGCCAAGGUGAUGCAAGAGAAGAAUGUCGAAUGUCCUCAGUUGGAAGGAGCCUUCGAGGAGUUCGCAGAGCUCGUGGAGGAUUAUUUCAAUCCGAGGUACAUCCCAGCCACGAAGGCCUAA